AUGGACAUUACCAACUGUCGGAGCAUGGAGCUGCUCAAGCGGUUGAAGAUUGAUCACGGGCUGCGGGAAGUAGGUGUCCCGCAGCAUUAUUCGUUCAAUGUCAAUUUCAGUACGGGCCUGUCGGAGGGAGGAGAGCUCAUGAUGAAAUGGGACCUUCCCUCUCCCGACUGGUGGCGCACGCAUAUCAAAGCAACCAACGACGGGUCGAUGCCGAGGGAGCCGUACCAGCGGUGUUCGCAGGCGAUUUUCGAGGCGUGGCUCAAACCGCGGAUCCAGAACGAACCGCUCAUCGACUCGUACUUUGGGAUGAAGUUCGAAUCGCUCGCCGAGACGGCCGACAGCGUGGAGUGCGAACUCACCGACACUGUGACCGGGGAGACACACCGCGUCAAAGCCCAGUAUGUGGUCGGAUGUGACGGGGGAGGCAGCCGCGUGCGCAGGGCCAUCGGGGUGGAUCUGAUCGGGGGUCCUGUCCCGGCCAAACUCUACCUCGUGCAUUUCAAGUCGCGCGACCUGUCGGCACUGCACCGCCAAGGCCAGUUCUGGCACAUCUUCUUCACGAGCGGGCACGUCAUCAUUUCGCAGGACGAGGUCGACACGUGGACGGCGCACACGCCGCUGCCGCUGGACUUUGACACGUCGACGCUCGAUCCCCGGGAGGCCGUGUACCGCGUGCUCGGCGGGUCGGGCCCCCCCUGCCACAUCGCCAUCGACGAGGUCCUCGUGACCAGCAGUUGGAGGCCCAACAUCUGCAUCGCGGAGCGGUACAUCUCGGACGGGGGCCGGGUGUUUCUCUCGGGCGACGCCGCGCACCAGAACAUCCCGACGGGCGGGUACGGCAUGAACACGGCGGUCGGGGACAGCUUCGACAUCGGGUGGAAGCUGGCCGCCGUGCUGGCGGGUCAUGGGGGCGCCUCGCUGCUGCGGUCGUACGAGACCGAGCGACGGCCCGUCGCGGCACGGAACAUCGAACGCUCCGGCGUGCACUGGGAGGUGCAUUCAGUCUACAAAGACCUGGUAGCCCAGACGGGCGACGCCGUCAGGUCCAAGACCGCCCGCGGGGACGACGUCCGCGGACAGAUCACGCGCCACUUGCAAGAGCACGACGGCGAGAACCAGGACCACGGCAUCGAGCUCGGGUACCGCUACACGGGCUCGGGCGUCGUCGUGCCGGACCACGAACACGACCGCACACAGGAACCGCCCUGGAAUUAUAAGUCGUAUAUCCCCUCGACGUGGCCCGGGGCGCGGGCGCCGCACGUGUUCCUCAAGGACGGCGAAACCAGCGUCUUCGACCUCUUCGGGCAGGGGCCCCAAUAUACGCUCGUCGACUUCACGCCCGGGGCGGAGUAUAUCGCCGCGUUUGAGCCGCACGCCACGAAGUUGGCGAUUCCGUUCAAGGGGGUCCAUCUCCCCGACGAGCCGCACGUGAGGUCCAUCUGGGAGCGGGACGCCGUGCUGGUCAGACCGGACGACCACGUCGCGUGGAGGGCGUCGUGUGGCAGCGGUGGUGGUGCACAGAGCGUGGAUGUCAACAAAGUCCUCCUGACCGUCGUGGGCAAGACGGAGGUCACUACCGCGAACAACGGCGCGGGUGCUGAGAUCGCGAGUGUCAAGGAAAAGGGGGGCUUCAGGGGGACGAUUGGCAAUGUCGAUCAGGAGAAUGUGCAGCAUUUGGCUGCUUUUCAGCGGUAG